GUGAACACAUUUGGCACCCACAGCACUCUCAGACAGCUCAGGAGGCUCUUCACAAUGACUGCUGGCCUGGAGAAAGCCUGCCACCGCUGCAUAUCUAAAAUUGCCAGCAAUGCGUGCUUCAUCUUUGGGCUCCUCGCUUUCCUCGCCCUGCCACUCUCCAUGGCUUUUAUAGGAAUGAAGUUUUUGGAAGACUGCCCAGUUCAGCCACUAAUUCCACUCUAUCUGUUGGUGGGUGGUGUGAUUGGCAGCUUAAAGGUGACUCUCCUGCUGUAUGACUCAACCAGGAUGAGGCAGCUGCUUUCCAAGUCUGUUGUGAUUGAUGACGACGAUGACGACGAGUAUCCCUGGAGGCAGAAUGCUCACAAGUACUACAUCCACCUAACCCUCAGCCUUUUCCUCUUCCUCUGGUUCAUUCUUGGGAACUACUGGGUUUUUUCUGUGUACCUGCCAAAUUUUAUCCCACCUUUCCAUCAGCCUCAGGACUACUGUGACAAAACCCUGUACAUCUUUGCCGUUGGUGUCCUCAUUCUCAGCCACACUGUUCUCUUUCUCCUUGUCUUCUGUAGCUGCUGCAUAUAUUGCUUUUCCAGGCAAAGGUACUCUUCUGAGGAAGACUAAAUGCCACAUAAAUAAAGUCACAGAUGUCUGGGAAAGAGUGUACAACGAUGAACAGGCACUAGUUCAGCCUUGUGUACAUCUUUGUUGCACUGUA